AAGUAAGUUGUGACACGUAUAACUUAUAAAUUGAUUUAUGUUAAACUUAUUAUGAAAAACUACUACUUUGAACUGGCAACAAUGCUAUUUUCUGGUCAUAGUACCCCGGACACACAAUUACACAGACGAUAAAAAGAAAAAGUAUUAAUAAUUUACACGAAAUAAAGGAUGCGUUUAGAACAAUCACAUUUCUCCUCGCAGUUUUCCUCGUUUCUAAGGAAACGAGUAAUAACUCGUACUUUGAGGUGUCGAUAUCCAGUUGUGUACUGGAUUACGACAUAUAGUCGUAAUAGUUAAAUCUCGAUACAACAUUGAUAUGCAAUUAUGAGCCAAGCAUCCAAGGACAUAACGUACACAAGCGCGGUUGAACAUCAUGUAAUGGAUAUCCUGAAUCCUACGUUGCAGCAUCACGAUUUCUUACAAAGUUACGUGCGGACGCGCGUGGAAGUGGGUUCUGAUUCGAAACAGGAUCCCGUAGAACCUGAAGGGCUAGCGCAUCCAAGCAAUGACGAUCGUAAUGACAAUGACAGUCGUGACGUUCAUAAUAAACGGGAGAAGAAAGAAAAGCUCGAUCCUACCACUAUCGAGUCUGAAAUGAGAAUUCAAAAGUCAAAAAGAAAAUGACGCCAACGUGACAACGGCAGUUGCCGG